UGAUUGUGUGUCGGUGUGUGCCGGUUUGUGUGUGUUUAGCGAUAGGGCUGUCGAUGGUGGAGCACACGGAGCCCGAAGACGAGCGGGAGCGAGAGGGAGCGGUGUUUCGUUGGAGGGUUUUGCGGGUGGCACUAGCCAAAGCACCAGCGGCCCGCGACACGCGCAGGUGGGCAAUCGCAACGGGUACGGCACCCCGCGCAGUCGGUUGGUGUAGAAUUAUUUAUAAACAGGACGGAAGCAUAACUAGACCACCAGUUACCGUUCGGUGAGAGUCGCAAGCGGGUUCACCGAAAUCCGAAAAAUUCUAACGUUGCCUUCUCUAACGACAUCGCGCUGGAAGCAUAAUCAGUUGCCUUGCUCCAGUCAUUCCCCCCAGAUCGUUGCUUGAACGCACGGCCACGCGGCGCCAGUUCGUCUUGUCGGUUGGGCUGUCUCGGGACAGUGAGCGUGUGUGUGUGUGUUGUGCGUCUUAUCGCGUACCGUGGUGAAGUGCGUUUUUAAUUUCCAAAAACCCAUACUGAACAGUGUGAGCCCAACAAGCAACGCCAACGGACGGACGGUUAUUUUUCGCAGCCCCAAUCAAUACACACCGAAGUGGUGCAUCAAGCAAUCAGCCUGCACUUGCGAUGGUAGCGCCAGCCGAUCUAGAGCGCCGGGAUGCCAUCCCGGUGCUAUACACGCGUGGCACCCACUACUCGGUCGGGUUUGAUGUGGGCCGCACCUUUGCAUCCAUCAUUCACAGCUUUCUGGAGAAGUCGGUAACGCUGAACGAAACCUAUCUGCCGCUGUUUAACACCGAAAAUGGUCGUAAAAUCUACGUUGACACGUACGAAAGCGUCAAUAAAUCAUUCCCGCAGUACAUCCGCGAGCUGCAGGGUAUUGCGGACGGGGCCAAGGUGGAGUUCCAUAAGCUGUUUUUGCUGCAUAUAGACGAUGUCAUAACCGGUGGCCAGGAUGGUAACAACCAACCGAUCGGUUGCUCGACCAUCUGUGUCAACGAGCCCGACUGCGUUGUGCUGGGCCACACGGAGGACGCACUGUCCGAGGUGCUGAACCACUUCUAUUUCGUGUCGGCCCACAUCAUCUCGGAGUCGCCGGAAGGCAAACACAAGGUGGUGGAGGAACGGUUCACCUCGCUCUGCUAUGCCGGCCACCUGCCUGGCUACACGAUGAACGCCAACCAUCACGGGCUGGUCUUCUCGAUCAACACGCUCAGCGCUAAAACGCUGGUCGGCGGCAAAACACCGCGCCACUUCAUUACGCGAGCCCUGCUGGCGGCGGAAAACUUCGUGCAGGCGCAAGAGAUACUGCGAGACCACGGCGUCGGUGCGGCUGAUGGGUGCUCCAUCAACAUGACGUUCCUUAGACAGGAGGGCGACCGGUUGUUCCACAACGCGGAGAUGGGGCCCGCCACCAACGGGGACGAGUCGCAGCUGAACAUCUUGACCGCCAGCCCGGGCGAGCAUAUCAUCCACGUGAACAGCUACCAGCGGUUGCCGGUACCGGAGGUGUCCGGCCUGAUCAUCGAGUCGAGCAUCGAGCGGAUGAAAACGUUCGCCAAGUACGCGCCGCCGAAGACGGUCGCGGACGUGGUGCGGAUGCUGAGCGACGUGACCGCGUCCGAGCACAAGGUGUUCCGGGACCACGGCAAGAACCAGAAGGUGAAAACGAUCUGCGUCGGCAUUAUUGAUUGCAUCAAGCGCACGUGGACGCUAUACGCGGAGAAUCCCGCGUACGUGCCGCCGCUGGUCGUGCUGCCGCUGGUGCUGAAGGAUUAGAUGGAUUCGUACCCAGGAGCAUUGUCACUCCAGAAGCUUCAAACACUUACACACACACAUACGCGCGCGCCUUUAAUUGAUUUGAUGGCAUUAUUUAUGGCCCCUCCCCAACGUGUCAGGGUAAGACUAAACCAAUAAAAGUCUUUUGAGAGCUUAA